AGGGCAGGCUGGGGUUAGGCGUUUGAAAGUGUCUCAGGCGAACAGAGGAGCAAGUGAGCAUCGGCCCCUUCUUCCUGCUCUCCUUUGUCCUUAGGGGUCGGUAGCUGUCGGCCCAGGGCCUGGUAUAUGGCCAUGGACUUACGAGGUUCAGACUCCGUGCCGGGUCAAAACCAUCAGGUAAACUCUGUCUUUACCCCGAGCUCCGAGCCGGUGCGACCUGGCGGCUGGAUCUCAGAUCAAGCCGGGGGAAACCUCGCCUCCGAGGCCAAGCCGACUCUUGUCACAGGGCAAGCUCAUUCUAGCAAACCCGGUCAGCCGGACCCCCAGGCAUGCGGCGCGGCGAGCCUCAACUCCGAGAGCAAAGGUGGCAGUGGCAACUGUGACGCACCAGCCGGCAAAUCCCUCCUAGGGUACUACGAACUCUCCCAGCAGAUCGGGACGCAGCUUAAACUGCUGCCGAUGAAUGAUCAGAUCCGGGAGCUGCAGACCAUCAUCCGGGACAAGUGA